AUGUCCUGGAAGGAUAAGCUCAAGGGCCUCAAGGCCGACUUUGAGAGCAUGAUCCAUCCCAGAGAUCAGGCUCAAGAUCAGCAACCGCCUCCACCACCGAUGGCUUCCAGGCCGCCGCCAGGUCCCAGCCCGAGCUUCCACACUUAUUGGGUUCCGAGAUUGUACCCAGACACGCCUGUCCAUGUGGAAUGGGACGCGAAACUGGGCAACGGGCCUGACGGUUGGGGAAACCAGGAGCUGGAACACUACACCGCUGCUCCCGAGAAUUCGUUCCACACCCCAAACGGGCAGCUCGUCAUUCGAGCUCUGGCAAACAAUUCCUCACCCAGCCCCGAGCAGAAAUAUACCUCGGCCCGCCUGGUGAGCAGGCAUACCCUCGAGCGAGACCAAGGUGUCCUUACUGCCGUCAUCACGUCCCCCUGCGCAGAGGGCAUCUGGCCUGCAUUCUGGCUCCUGCCCCAAGAGCCGUUCAGCUGGCCCGUAGAUGGAGAAAUCGACAUUGCAGAGACGUGGAACGGCGACCACGAGAACAGGACAUGCCUGCAUUGGGGACAGCACCACGAGGCUGACAAGCAUCGCGUUCUGGGGACAAAGAUCCCCGAUAUGCAUGCCCGACCCGUUCGCUACGACUUUGCAUGGCAGCAGCCGGGUGGUCAGCCAGGACAGGGGAGGAUGAUUUGGUACAUUGACGGUAGGCCUGUCAUGAAGGCGCCGAUACCAGAGGGGACGCGGCCGAUGAGGGAAAUGACCAUCUUGUUGAAUGUUGCCAUGGGCGGGAAUGUGUGUGCCGGGAAGACACCGGCCGACGGCUACUAUGACAUGGUUGUUUACACCAUGUACUUGGCCAGUGAGCUGGAACAUGGUGGUUGGGAACGCUUCGAGUCGGACUGGGGAAGUGCGCCAUCUGGAAAUACCUACUAG